AUGAGUUGGAAGCGGCGUCACUCCGUAGACUGCAGUAUGUCAGGUGUCCUUGGCGUUGCGCCACGUCAGUGUAAUGAAGGCGACCAAUUGGCGCGCUUCCUCGUUAUGCUUCUUGGCCCUGUCCAGCCAGUCCAACAAUCUCCGCAUCUUGUUCCGAUACUUGUCCGGGAUCUUGUCUGCGCGGAAGAGCUUCAUCAGAAAGACUUCUGGGCUGUGCUGAGAGUGCAUAGCGACCUGCUCGUAUUUGAGCAGCCUGCCGACGUUGUUCAAGUAGGGAAGCCGCAUGCCGGGGGACCGUGCGAGGAGCUGUUGACCAGCUGCGUGAGCUCUGGUUAA